AUCAUCGUCGCACUCGCCUCGCCUCCGUUGUUGUUGACACUCUCCCUCCAAUCCGCACGAUGGACCCGAACGCAGAAGGCGGGCCGCCAAAAGCAGAGCUCGCAGAGGUGGACGUCGAAGUCGGCCUCAGGGAACGCCUCGCGGCCCCCGAGACUCCGAUCACGCCGCCGCUCGCGAGCUCCAUCUUCCGCAGCGCGCGCGAACCGGGCUGGGACCGGCCAGUGCAUGAUGCCGACACGGAAAAGGUCCGCCAGUACCAGGAGGACGAGUUCCAGCGCCGCUUGCGCGGCGAGUACGAGGCCGCACAGCGUCGCGUCGGCGAGAUUGUGUAUGAGAACAUGGGCGCACCACUACGCCUGACGUCGAUCAGGCUGGCCCCGCCCCCGCCGACGACGCGGACGGGCUUCCUGAGCACGUUGCUGGCGCCGUUCCUCGGCGGCUCGCGCCUCCCAGACUGUGUGACGGGCGCGCCGCCCCCUCCGCAGUCGCUGCACGAGAUCUUACUGUCCACCAAGGCGCUCGUGCAGCACAUUGACCAGCUGAACGUGUUCGACAUGGAGCGCGUCGGGAUCCGCCUCGAGCCGAGCCCGAGCGGCAACCCCGCCGACGUCGAGAUGCUCCUCACCCUCCGCGAGAAGGGCCGCCUGUUCCUCAAGGCCGGCACCGAGUUUGGCAGCAACGAGGGCGGCGGUAACGUGACCGCACGGAUACGCAACGCGUUUGGCGGUGCCGAGAGCCUCGAGUUCAACGCGUCGCUCGGAACAAAGACAAAGUCGGCGUACCAGGCAACUCUGUCCACACCACUCUUCGCCUCGCCGUACCUCACCGCCUCGGUGUCGGGCUUCUCGCUCGACCGCGACAACACGGCGUUCGCGAGCCACCGCGAGCUGAGCCAGGGAGGCAAGGUCGGCCUGGCGGCCAUCACGCCGUGGGGUAACCACAACUUGACGUACGAAUACGUCACGCGUGAUAUCUCCCAUCUCACGCCUACUGCCUCGGCGAGUGUCCGUGCCCUCGCCUUCCAGACCACCAAGGCGUCCGUCUCGCACACCUGGACGUCGGACACCCGCGACGACCCCCACACCGGCACCACUGGACGUCUGCUGAAGGCGACUCACGAAUAUGCCGGCCUUCCAGGCUCCUCCGAGCUCGCCCACUUCAUCAAGUCGACCACCCAGUCGCAGGCGUCCCGCCCUCUCUUCCCCGGCUCCAACAUCUUCGUCUCCGUGUCAUCUCUCACCACCAUCCUCUACCCCCUCUGGGCGGCAACAGGGCCGAGCGCCCCCGGAGCUCCCGCGGGCGCUGAGCGCUCGACGUACCUCGCCGACAGGACGUACCUCGGCGGGCCCAACUCUGUCCGCGGGUUCAAGGUCGGCGGCCUGGGCCUCAGCGACCGCGUCGACUCGCUCGGCGGCGACCUGUCGUACGCGCUCGGCGUGUCCCUCAUCGGCCCCGUCCCCAGCAAGGAGCACUGGCCGCUCAAGCUGCAUACGUUCCUCAACCUCGGCAAGGUGGUGCGCUACGACAGCCACCGCUCGUUUGCAGACAACAUUGCGCGCAUGUACUCGAACCCAAGUUUGAGUGUCGGCGUUGGUCUCAUCUACCGCUUUGACCCCCUGCGAAUCGAGCUCAACUUUGCCAUGCCCCUCAUUGCGCGCAAGGGGGAGCGCCUCUCGCGCGGUCUGGGCGUCGGUGUCGGCAUCGAGUUUCUCUAAGCAUGGCAUAGUUGAGGCAGGCGAGCCCAGUAGGCCAAUACAGAAGUGCAUGCACACAUCUACUCUUGA